AUGCCACCACGACCAUCACCGCGAGGCGGGAGGAAAUGGAACUUCACCACCUUAGCAGAGGCCGCCUCUUCUUGGACCUUCUUGCCAGCCUAUGGAAAGAAGCCUUGGCUGCUACACGGCUUGAAUUUCCACGUGGACACCGAAAGUCGACUCGCAGUGCUGGGUCCGAAUGGUGCAGGCAAAUCCACGUUGCUGAACCUUCUGGCGAAGUUGGAGGAGCCUUGCAACGGAGAAGUCAAUCACUCUCGCGGCCUCACGGUGUGUCGAUACUCCCAGCACUUUGAUGAAAUUGCUCCAUCCCUGCAUCUCUCCGCGGUGGACUUCCUAACAUCGCCGGAGUUGCGGCGCUUCGGUGCCGGGACUGAGAGUCCGGAGUUGGCCCACAAAUGUCUUGGGCAGUUUGGUUUGCCAUCGCAUGCGCAUCGACGUCCCAUGGAGCAACUCUCGGGUGGACAGAAGGCGCGGGUGUGCUUUGCCAGCAUCACUUGCAGGACGAAUCAUUUGGACAUCGAAAGCGUCGAAGCAUUGAUCGACGCCCUCAAGAGGUUCAAGGGUGGCUUGGUGCUUGUCUCCCAUGAUGCAAGACUCAUCCAGGCCUCUGGCUGCGAUCUGUGGCUUUGUGAAGCUCAAGAACGGCUUGUGAAGGUGAACAGCUUCGCGGACUAUCGCAGGCAAGUCUUGAAGGAUCUUCGGGUGCGGCAAGAGCUGGCGGAACGCGAGGCGGCGCGGCGUGCAGUGCUGCGGCAGAAGCGUCGGGCAGAAAUGCUGGCGAAGCGAAAGGUGAAAUGA